AUGAAAGGCAGGAUUUCAGCAGGAAAAAGAGACUUAUAUUCCGUCAUAGAUAUAAAUAAACUAUUACUAUGUAUAGUGUAAGCGUAUUAUUAUUAUAGUUAUAUUUAUUGCUUUGAUUAAUAAAGAAAUACUGUAAUUAAUAAGUGUAUAUUUGUAUUCGUUAACAGUACAGAUUAUUAUUACUUAUUCUUAUUUAUUAAUAUGGUUACAAAUAAAAGAUUCAUAAUGAUCAGUGCGUAUUAAAAAGUAUGCAAUGUUACAAAAGGGUACUAAUUAUAAAAAGCAAUUUCUAAUGUCAUUCAAGUAUGUGUUUGUGUAUUUCUAAAACGUAAUUAUGAUUACACAAACUCAAUUUAAUAAUUUACAAACCUAAAUGUAAGAAACUCAAAAAUUAGAACAUUGAUUGUAUUGAAAACGACAUUUUGCUAAAAACUAUGACAGUAUUUUUUGAUUUGCAGAAAUAUUAGUUUAAAGAAACAUUACCGGUUCAAAAUUUUUGAUUUAGAACAUUCUUAAGAGCUUACGGCAAUCAUUAAACGUUAAUAGGUGUUGGUACAAUUGGAUGUUAAAGGAAUAAAUAACUUCUAUGACUAAAUAAUUUUAUAACUGCGUUUCAUAAAUACACCUAAUGGAGUCAUGGUUCAAGAAACAGAUGGAUCGUACUUUGAGAGUUUCACUGCACUUUCCUGGCGGCAAGAGAACCGUCGUUUAGCCGCUUUGCGUCUGGCUGAAGCAAGGGCGGAAAGACCGCCGCCCGCCCCUACUGACCUCGGCCUGCCUAGCGUAUUGUACUGCAUUGAAAACGCAGUUGGUGCUCCCGCUCCCGACGGGCAAUUCGCUUCCUACAAGGAAGAGGUGAUAGAGUACGCGCGACGUGCGUUCCGCGUGUCUCAAGAUGUACAUUCGCGUGCAAUGCGCUCUGCGGGGAGCGAGCGACCUCCUACUGUUGUACUCGGCUGCUCUGUCAUCGAGGCGGAUGGAUUAGAAGCCAAGGACGCCAAUGGUUUCAGCGAUCCGUACUGCAUGCUGGGUAUUCAGCCUGCGUCCCUGCCCGCCUCACCCCGCGCCUCCGAAGAUGAAGGCCGCAAACACGGCUUCAGGCUCAGCUUCAAGAGGCGGGAUGGGAGGCAGCAGCGUGACAGUCUCGGCAGACUUCCGGCGCGCUACAUACGAGCGACCAGUGUUAGACCACACACUUUGUCACCGAACAGUGAUAUUGACGACAUAUCAUCAGAUGUACUACACCUAGACAUAUGGGACCAUGACGAUGAAAGCUCCGUUUUGGACGCGGUGUCCCGUUUGAACGAGGUUCGAGGUUGUGUGAAUAUUCCUCUCCGCGAAAUACCUUCUACGGGAGUGGAGAGUUGGUACAAAUUGGAGGCUCGGUCGCAGAGGUCGUCGGUCCAAGGUCGCAUCAGGCUUCGUUUAUGGCUCUCUGCCAGGGAGGCGGGCCGCCACGACGAUGACAACUGGCAACAGCGUCUAUUCGGUGUCCUGCUCGCUCACGAGGUAGAAACAGCGGGCAGCGGAGUGUCCAGUGGUGAAAGUGACAGUGGUUCAGCCUGGGAGGGCGAGCUUUGUGGCCCAGCGCAGACACUACUACAUCAGCAUGCGAUACAAGGAGACUUAAGCGCGUUACAAGCGGCUGUAGCUAGAUUUGCGGCAGCCUGCAGACUUAAUAGUGAUGCACCUCUUGACCCUAAGUAUAUGUGUAAGCUGCUGACUGAGCUGGAGAGAGCUUGGUGUGCGAGCGAAAGUUUGAGCGGGGGGAGUGGUGAGAGCAGCGGUGUGUCGCGAGACGAGGAGCGAUGGCUCGCCGAUUGCUUCGGGGAAUUCGUAGAGCGUGCGCUUCACCAGCUGCGGCUACAUAGGGAUCUCUAUCCUGUUUUACACCAUCACAGCUUAACAAAGACUGAAAUCGUUGGCGCACUUCGCAAAGGUACGGCGGAGUGGUAUGAAGCUCUUUGUGCGCAAGAUACUGAAUCUGAGAGAGGCGAGGACUUAGUCAACCUCAUCACACUAGUGCAGAUAGACUUGCAGCAAGGUCUCACCUAUUACCACCCGCUGUUCGAAACGUAAGUUAAUUUACAGCUAGUUUUAUAGACGUCCAUUAAAUUGACAUUAGUUUAAAGUGACAUUACCCGUACUAAAUUGACAUGCAUUAGUGCUAAAGGUAUCAUUAAGCGUUAAUGGACGUUUGUUCAACUGACCAUUAGUGCAUUACAUUCUACUAGGGUGCUCGUGGUGUGAUAUUAGAACAUACACAUACAUCCUUAA